AUGAACAAAAGUAUUAUGGAAGCCGAGAGCAACGAAGACAAAAUGGCAGAAGUGUACAACGCGAUCACAGGAGACUUUUUGACGGAAAAUCCCGAACUCGGGUUCAACAGUGCUUUAGGGCCCGGAAAAAUAUCGACGUCGCUCUACAAAGGAUUAACGCCGGCCAUGAAACAAGCGAUAUACGAACAAAGCCAGUCAAAGAGCAGAACUUAA